AUGGCACCAACACUUUUACACUUGCUCCUCGCCGCCCUAGCCGCUACCACCUCCGCCCUCACCACCCCCCUCCCACGCAUCCAAGUAACCCUCACCCCCGAAUUCUCCGCCCCUAACACCACCACCACCACCACCACCACCAUCACCGCCCUCGACAUCACCCUCCACCUCUCCCACCUCCCCCAACCCAACACCACAUCCCGACCCCCUCCAUCCCACUACCCCCUCCUCCAACUCGACCUCAACCACGGCCUAACCCCCACGCAACAAUACAACGACACCUCCCUCUCCGCCUCCGACACCCUCGGCCCCCUGCCCCUCACGCACACUGACAGCAACGCCACCGACGCCCAACGCACCUGGUUCGCCUCGCGCAACCCGCACGGCCCGGUGCUCGUGCAGUUCCGCGCCGUGCCGCGCGUGUGGGUGGUGCCGGAGGGGGUGAGGGUGGCGAGUUCGUUGGGGGAUCGGGUGAGGGAGACGGUGGUGGGUGUGCCGGGGCGGAUGCUGGCGAAGGCGUAUUUUGCGGUGGGGGCGUUGCGGCGGUGGCCCGGGUGGGAGGUGGAGGUGGGGGAGGGGGAGAGGGAAUUUUAUGUGUAUUGGUUGGGGGAGCUGCCGUAUGAUAGUGAGAGGAUGGCGGGGAUUGCGAAGGAUAUGCAUGGUGCGAUUGCGUCGUUCUUUGGGGACGUGGACACGCCAUUCCGUAUCCACGAGUAUGCGUUAAUGUCGCCCGCGCGGCAGUAUGACAUGUGGUACCGCGAGGGCGUGGCGCAGUUCUAUGCCGUCGUGGCCCCGUUCGCGGCCGGUGCUGUUGACAAGAGCUACCUGAUCCGGUGGCUCAACAACAAUGCCCAGAGCUAUUACACUAGUGGAAUGGCUGGCAAGACGUGGCAGUCCAUUAUCGACAACUACUGGACCAGCACCCAAAACGUCAAGGCCCCGUACGGCACCGGCUUUGUGUAUCUCGCCCAGGUGCAAGGCUUGAUCGCGAAAGCAACCAAUGGCACCAAGGACCUCGACGACCUGACGUUGGAGCUCUAUCGGCGGUUCGUCGCACACGAAAAGGUGCAGACAGACGAGUUUCUUGAGGUACUAAGCGGGCUAGUUGGGAGUGAAGCCGUCUGA